AAAAUCCCUUUCAUUCUUCCUCCUUUGUCCCGGUGUUGUUUCCUCAAUCUCCUCCGUGAUUCCUUUCUCUCUCUCUCUCUCUCUCUCUCAGGCUUCAUUUCGACAAAGCAAAUUCACAAUCUUUCUCCUUGUUUUCAACGUCGAUCGAUCAUGAAGAGCAACACCAACACAAAGCUUAUUCUUCUCCAUCCUUCUAUCCAUAAGCCCUCCUCCACUCACCACCACUGCUUUUACCUUCUCUUCUUCAUCACUUUCUUCACCUUACUCUUGACUCUCACUUUCUUCACCACCGCUAUCAAUCCCACCGCCUCUAACAAUGCAUUCGCCUCUGCCGCCACUUCUACCUCCCUUCCCUCUACAAUCACCACCGCUCUCCUUCACUACACCUCCACCUCUAACUCUAACUCCACCAUGUCUCCGGCUGAGCUUACCGCCAUCGUCAACACUCUCUCCACCUGCUCUCCCUCUUGUAACUUCCUAAUAUUCGGUCUCACACACGAGUCUCUCCUUUGGAAGUCCCUAAAUUUCCAAGGCCGCACCAUCUUUCUCGAUGAAAGCGAGUUCUUAGUUCAAUCUUUUGAGAAAUCUCAUCCGGAUUUCGAGAUUUACGAUGUUCAAUACGUCACCAAAGUCAAAGAAAUGAGAGAACUUUUAUCCUUGGCGAGAAGCCACGUGAGAGACGAGUGCAGGCCGGUGCAAAAUCUACUCUUUUCUGACUGCAAAGUGGGAAUCAACGACUUGCCGAAUCACAUAUACGAUAUCGAUUGGGAUGUAAUUAUAGUGGACGGUCCACGUGGCUACAACUCGGCCGCUCCGGGGAGGAUGGCUCCGAUAUAUUCGGCGGCGGUAAUGGCGAGAAGCAGGAGGGGAAAGGAGAAGAAGACGCAUGUGUUUGUACAUGACUUUGAUAGAGAAGUUGAGAGAGUGUACAGUGAAGAGUUCUUAUGCACAGAGAACUUGGUGGAGACCGUGGAUUUAUUGGGGCAUUUUGUAAUAGAGAAAAUGGAGGAGAAUAAGUUUGAAUUUUGUAGAAAUUCAACAUCAUCGUCGUUACCAUCACCAUCAGAAGAGGAAGACGGCGAUGACGAUGAUGAUAAUUAAUGAUUUAGAUGAGAAAUGUAAUUAUUCAACUUUCAAGUGUAACUUUACAUGUCUAAAUUCUCAAGUUUUGAAAUUUCAAAAGGAAAAUAUAAAUUUUGAAUCUUGAGAGA